UUUACUAGAAGACAAGAAACUGACCUCCAGCCACCAUGUCCUGCUGUAACACCUGCUCCACCAGCUUCUGUGGUUUCCCCAGCUGCUCUACUGGAGGGAACUGUGGAUCUAGCUGCUGCCAGGAGAGCUGUGGAACUGGCUGCUGCCAACAGGGAGGUUGUGGGUUUGGCUAUGGAACUGGUUAUGGAUUUGGCUCUGGGUUCGGCUCUGGAAGCUGCUGUGGGCCCAACUGUGAGACCACCUGCAGGACCAGGUGUUACCAACCUGAGUGCUGUGGAGUGAGCUGCCGCACCAGGUGGUGCCGCCCAGACUGCAGGGUGGAGGGUACUUGCCUGCCACCCUGCUGCGUGGUCAGUUGUAUCCCUCCAUCUUGCUGCCAGCUCCACCAUGCCCAGGCCUCUUGCUGCCGCCCAUCCUACUGUGGCCAGUCUUGCUGCCGUCCAGCCUGCUGCUGUUAUUGCUGCCAGCCUACCUGCUAAGGACCAGGAUCUAUAGUUUACAAAGAAGAAAUUGAUUAUGAGUUGAAUGAACUAUCUAUAGUCUCACACUGGAUUAUGAAGAAAGUGUUUCCUGCAAAGCAGUGAAUGAUGUGCCUUGGUCUUCCUGUUUUGAAGAUAUAUUUUUAAAAAUUCAGAUGCCCUCAAACUAGGACUUCCAUUGUCUUAUACAGUUCGUAAACUGAGAAUGCAUUUCUCCACAACACCUUGAUCUUCAGGAAGCACUAAAACAUGGCACAAAAUGUUGUCUAGCUGCUCUUUAUUUGAACCAUUCUUUCUAUUGCCUUAAUUUUUCUCCUAUUUUAUUUAUUCUUGAGUAUCCUCUGUUAGUUUCAAAUAAAUUCAGUCAGCCUGCAAA